AUGAACAUGUCUGGCGGCCCCCCGGGGGAGGAGCUCACGGAUGAGGAGAAGGAGAUCAUCAACGGCGUGCUGGCCCGGGCGGCCAUGAUGGAGGCCACGGAGCACGAGAGGAUUGAGCGCCUCUCCAGUCGCCUGAAAAACAUCGAGAGGACGGCGUGCGGCGACGGCCGGUCGCACUGCCUGCUGUGCGGGACGUCCUUCGGACCGCAGGGGGUCACGGCCGUCCUGUGUGUGCAGUGCAACAAACACAUGUGCAGCAAAUGUGGGAUUCGGAGCAACAGCAGGACGAGUCCGGUGUGGCUCUGCAGAAUCUGUAAUGAGCAGCAAGAGGUGCAGAAGCGUUCUGGAGCUUGGUUCUUCAAGGGGAGAGUCCAGCAGGGUCUGCCCGCCCCCCUCUCUCUGUCCGGACCUCGACAGACCGGCACCGUGAACGGUUCUGGUCCGGGGGGCCACGGUGGACCACAGGAACCUCCAACACAUCAUCAGGGAUACGACGCAGCAGCAGGCCUCAGACAGCGAGGACGCCGGCUGGCGGCCGCGACCAGGAGUCCGUCCUGUCCGGCGGCGCCAAUGAGGACCGAGAGCCACGCGUUGGCCUCCAAAACCACCUCGAGCCAACGCUCAGCAGGCGUGGAAAACAAAGAGGCCGCGGAGGGGAAGCGACAACGCCGCCGUCUCCGGCUCCAUUUCGUCACGUGCUCCCGCGACCGGAAUCGACCCGCCGGCGGUCAACAGCGCCGCGCCCCGCGCCCGCCACCGGAUCGAACGGAGGACUCGGACGAAUGCGACUCGGACGACGCCACCACUCUGGGGUCGCUGGAGUUCAGUCUGCUGUACGACCAGGAGAACCACGCGCUGCACUGCUGCGUCGCUAAGGCCAAGGGUCUAAAGCCGAUGGACUCGAACGGCCUCGCCGACCCGUACGUGAAGCUGCAUCUCUUACCGGGAGCCAGUAAGUCCAACAAGCUUCGCACCAAGACCCUGAAAACCACCCUGAACCCCGUGUGGAACGAGACCCUGGUCUACCACGGCAUCAACGAUGACGAGAUGUCGCGCAAAACCCUCCGGCUCUCGGUGAGCGACGAGGACAAGUUCGGACACAACGAGUUCAUCGGAGAGACGCGAGUCGCUCUGAAGAAACUGAAGUUCAACCAGAAGAAGAACUUCAGUGUUUGUUUGGAGCGAGUGAUCCAGGUGAAGAAGGCUGUUGGAGGCUCGGCCCGUGGCAUGGCUCUCUAUGAGGACGAUGCAGGUAAACGAGGGGAGGAUUCAGAGGAGAGGGGUCGUAUUCUGGUGUCGCUGACGUACAACAGCCAGCAGGGGCGUCUGAUGGUGGGCGUCUGCGCUGCGCUCCACCUGGCGGCGAUGGACUCCAACGGGUACUCCGACCCGUUCGUCAAAAUAUGUCUGAAACCAGAUAUGGGGAAGAAAGCUAAAAACAAGACCCAGACCAAAAAGAAGACUCUCAACCCGGAGUUUAACGAGGAGUUUGGUUAUGAAAUAAAGCAUGGCGAGGUUAGCCAAGAAAACCUCGACAUCUCAGUCUGGGACUACGACAUGGGGAAAUCCAAUGAUUUCAUCGGAGGAUGUCAGCUGGGCAUCCAGGCCAAAGGGGAGUGUCUGAAGCACUGGUACGAAUGCCUGAAGAACAAAGACAAGAAGAUCGAGCGCUGGCACGUCCUGCUGAACGACAACCCGCCCAGUUUUGAGGACUAA